AGUCGUUCUGACUGCGAACCGGCAAAGCUGCGAGUCAUACUAGCUCCUAAGCCGCUUGGCGACUCAAACUGCGCGAGGCAGUUGAGAAUUUGUAGCGACUAUAAAAACAAAUUUGCAAAAUUUUCUAUCAGUCAGUUACGGCGGAUCUACUGCGGUGGUAACAUACAUCCAGAGGUAGCGGCUGACCAGUGCAUUUGUGUCCUGGAACGAUAAUCCUGAAAGCUUUCUUCAAAUGGACUACUUGUAAUGGACUAUUCUUAAGUGAGAAGUGACUUCAAAGAAGAUUGUGAUUCGAAGGAAGGAAGCAAAAUUAUAGAACCAGUUUUCCAGUGAUUGUGUGGUUGGAUGAUAGGUACCUUAGUACAUCAUUUGUGAUAGUUAAAAUCGGAAACGAAAAUUUUCAGUGAGUGCACAAAGGAACAGUAAUUUUCUUAAAAUGUCCGCGACGGUUGCACCAGCGGACCAUUUGACGGCGAAUGGCAACAUCGCUUCUCCCAUGAACGUGUUCUAUUUCCUGCUUGCACCAGCGCUGCUCCUAUGGGUUAUCUACUGGCGGUUAUCCCGCCGACAUAUGCUUCAGUUAGCUGAAAAAAUUCCUGGCCCUCCCGGAUUACCUCUUGUAGGAAACGCACUGGAACUGAUUGGAACCUCUCAUUCUGUCUUUCGUAACGUAAUUGAGAAAGGAAAGGAUUUUAAUCAGGUCAUAAAAAUCUGGAUUGGUCCAAAACUGAUUGUCUUCCUGGUUGAUCCACGCGAUGUGGAACUUUUGCUCAGCAGUCACGUGUACAUCGACAAAUCUCCCGAAUAUCGUUUCUUCAAACCAUGGCUCGGAAACGGACUUCUCAUCAGUACUGGUCACAAAUGGCGUCAGCAUCGCAAACUCAUUGCUCCUACCUUCCAUUUGAACGUCCUCAAGAGCUUCAUUGAUCUGUUCAAUGAAAAUUCCCGCCAGGUGGUGGAAAAGAUGCAUAAGGAAGCCGGUAAAACAUUCGAUUGCCAUGACUACAUGAGCGAGUGCACUGUGGAAAUCCUACUCGAAACUGCCAUGGGAGUUUCGAAGAAAACCCAGGACCAAUCCGGAUUCGACUACGCUAUGGCUGUCAUGAAGAUGUGUGAUAUUCUGCAUCUUCGUCAUCGUAAGAUGUGGCUUUAUCCGGACCUCUUCUUCAAUAUGUCCCAGUAUGCCAAACGUCAGGUCAAGCUCUUGGAUACCAUCCACAGUCUGACGCGUAAGGUAAUCCGUAACAAGAAGGCAGCAUUUGCAACCGGAACACGAGGAACGUUGGCCACUACUUCGAUCAAGACUUCUGAGUUCGAAAAACCGAAGGUUACUGCUGACAACAAUACUGUCGAAGGACUUUCUUUUGGACAGUCUUCUAACCUGAAGGAUGACUUGGAUGUUGAAGAGAAUGAUGUUGGAGAGAAGAAGCGAUUGGCUUUCCUCGAUCUUCUGUUGGAAAGUGCGGAAAACGGUGCUCUCAUUUCGGAUGAAGAAAUCAAGAACCAAGUUGAUACGAUCAUGUUUGAGGGACACGACACGACUGCUGCUGGAAGUAGUUUCUUCCUUUCGAUGAUGGGUAUCCAUAGGCACAUUCAGGAUAAGGUUAUUCAAGAAUUGGACGGCAUCUUCGGAGACUCUGAUCGCCCAGCGACAUUCCAAGACACCUUGGAAAUGAAAUACCUCGAACGAUGCCUGAUGGAAACUUUGCGAAUGUAUCCGCCUGUACCAAUCAUUGCUAGAUCUUUGAAGCAGGACCUGAAGUUAGCUUCGAGCGAUUUGGUUGUACCAUCCGGUGCCACCAUUGUUGUUGCCACGUACAAGCUGCACCGAUUGGAGUCGACCUAUCCUAAUCCAAAUGUGUUUGAUCCGGACAAUUUCCUCCCCGAAAGACAAGCCAAUCGUCACUACUAUGCAUUCGUUCCGUUUUCUGCUGGACCAAGAAGUUGUGUUGGUCGUAAAUACGCUAUGCUUAAGCUGAAGGUCAUCCUCUCCACCGUUCUGCGAAACUUCCGUGUCAUUUCGGACCUCAAAGAAGAAGACUUCAAACUACAGGCUGACAUCAUUCUAAAGCGAGAAGAAGGUUUCCAGAUUCGUCUAGAGCCACGCCAACGCAAACCAAAAGCAACGAAAGCCUGAGCAAAGAGCACGGUUAAGAUAAUGUAACAUAAAGUAAAUCAAAACUUAAACUCCAGGUCAAUACCUGGAACAUUCAUAGUGACGAAGAUAUCUACACAAGAUACAUAACAAUACGGCGCAUACAUAUUUUAAUAGACAAGUUAAAUGAUCAGAAUGAAAUGAUUACACAUAAGAACCCUAAUCGAUAGAUUAGAACACGAUACGUAAGGGGAAUAGAACUUAUUUUAUUAAACUAGGAUUUUUACUUUGAUGAAGCUUGUAUGUGUGUGAUUUACUACAAAUGGAAUUAAUAAAUACAAAGACAUGUGUUAAAA